AUUGGAAGAAGACAGUGGAGCUAGUUUAACAACCAUCGGCAGUAUAAGUUAGCAUGGUGCCUUGUUGCUUUUUAUGUUCCAAGGUUUUUUUUGUUUAUUUGUUUCUUUGUUAAUUUUUAAUUUAGUAAGUAAUAAGAUUAGCAAGAAAUACCUAGAAAAGAACUAAAGAAAUGCCAAGAUCAUGCAUAUAGGAGCUAUUUUUAUAAAUGCAUAUUUUCUCAUUUCAGGUUGAAGAAGGUUCUCAAAACAGUGAACAGCUGCUUGAGGAUGAAGAUAAUGACCUUGAAAUGGAAGGAAAUGAUCUUGAUAUUGAAGGCAAUGGCCUUGAUAUUGAAAGCAAUGGCCUUGAUAUAGAAGGAAGUGGCCUUGAGAUUGAAAGUAAUGACCUUGAGAAUGACUCUCAUCAAAUGCUUAUUGAAGACAAUGAACAUGAGAACAACAGAAAUGAUUUAACUAUGGUUGGUGGUGAAAAUGGUAUUCCCCAAGGAAAGGACUAUCUUCCUCCAGCUGUGGGGAUGGAGUUUGAAUCAUAUGAUGAUGCUUACAACUAUUACAAUUGCUAUGCCAAAGAACUGGGAUUUGCUAUCAGGGUGAAAUCUUCAUGGACAAAGCGAAACAGCAAAGAAAAACGUGGUGCGGUACUUUGUUGCAACUGUGAGGGUUUCAAAACAAUUAAAGAAGCAAACAGUCGUAGGAAGGAAACACGAACUGGUUGUCUUGCAAUGAUACGGUUGAGAUUAGUAGAAUCCAAUAGAUGGAGGGUGGAUGAAGUCAAACUUGAGCAUAAUCAUUUGUUUGAUCCUGAAAGAGCUCAAAAUUCGAAGUCACACAAGAAGAUGGAUGCUGGGACUAAGAGGAAGGUGGAGCCAACUGUUGAUGUGGAAAUUAGAACAAUCAAGUUGUAUCGAACACCUGUGGUUGAUCCAACAGGUUAUGGAAGUUCAAACUCAAAUGAAGGAGAAAUUAGUAAUAAUGUUGACCGUUCAAGGCGACUGAAGCUCAAAAAAGGGGAUGCCCAGCUUAUUCAUGAUUAUUUUUGUCGUGUUCAGCUUACUAAUCCAAACUUCUUUUAUGUGAUGGAUCUCAAUGAUGAAGGGUGUUUGAGGAAUGUCUUCUGGAUUGAUUCUAGGUCUAGGGCUGCUUAUGGUUACUUUGGUGAUGUGGUUGCAAUUGAUAAAACCUGCAUUUCAAACAAAUAUGAGAUUCCACUGGUGGCUUUUGUCGGAAUAAAUCACCAUGGGCAGCCUAUUUUGCUGGGAUGUGGCUUGCUUGCAGAUGAGUCAUUUGAAACUUAUAUUUGGUUGUUUAGGGCCUGGCUUACAUGUAUGUCAGGUCGUCCCCCACAAACUAUAAUCACGGACCAGUGCAAGGCUAUGCAAAGUGCAAUUGCAGAGGUGUUCCCGAAGGCGCACCAUCGUCUGUGUCUGUCACAUGUCAUCCAAAGUAUUCUUGAAAAUCUGGGAGGGUCACAGGAUUCAGGCACGUUUCAAAUGAUAUUGAAUAGGGUAAUCUACGACUCUUUAAAGGUUGAGGAAUUUGAAUUGGCUUGGGAAGAGAUGAUCCAUAAUUUUGGAAUGACAGACCAUCCAUGGCUUCAUAAUUUGUAUGAAGAUCGAGAUCGAUGGGCUCCAGCUUACCUGAAAGAUACAUUUUUUGCUGGAAUGUACCCUUCCCAGAAUGGUGAGUCCACAGGCUCAUUUUUUGAUGGUUACAUAAGUCAGCAAACUUCAUUAAAGGAAUUCUUUGACAUGUAUGAAUUAGUCUUGCAAAAGAAGCAUCAAAAGGAAGCCUUUGAUGAUUUUGAAUCAAGAAGUUCAAGUCCCAUGUUAAAGACAAGUUUCUACUAUGAAUUGCAGCUUUCGAAGUUGUUCACAAAUGAGAUAUUCAGGCGGUUCCAGGAUGAGGUUGUCAUGAUGUCUUGUUUUACCAUAAUGCAAGUACAUGCCAAUGGACCAAUCAUAAGCUACAUGCUUAAAGAACAGGAAUGUGAAGGGGAUCAGAAGAGUAUCAAGAGCUUUGAAGUAAUGUACGACAAAGGGAGUGCUGAAAUUCGUUGCCUUGGUGGUUGCUUCAACUUCAAUGGGUAUCUGUGUCGACAUGCUCUGUGCAUCCUAAACUACAAUGGCAUCGAGGAAAUUCCAUUUCAGUAUAUUUUGUCUCGAUGGAGGAAAGAUUUUAAGCGCGUGUAUGUACCAGAUCUUGGGUCCAACAAUGUUGACAUUUCAAACCCAGUCCAGUGGUUUGAUCAUUUGUACAGGCGUUCCAUACAAGUUGUUGAGGAAGGAAUGAUAUCCCAAGAUCAUUACAUGGUUGCAUGGCAAGCAUUUAAAGAAUCUCUGAAUAAAGUCCGACUUGUAGCAGACAAGCAUGUAUAGUUCAUAAUAAUAAUGUACAUAAUUCUUUUUCACUGUCUUUCCUGUAUAUAUGCCAUCUUUCCAGGCAUUUGAUUGAGCUGUACAAGAUUGAUUAUGGUUACUGAUCAGAGCAAACGUAAAGGGAGCUGCAUUUUCGUUGUUCUGGUGGUGCUUGCAACGGUUGCACUGCAAGCAGAUGACUCAUGAGACUGCUUGAUUUCAGGAAUCCAGACUGUGGAAUAGGUUUGAGUACAGUGACAACAAAGUUUCAAAACUGAGGUGGAGACUAGAGACUAUUUCCUAUUUGGUAUUGUGGACACUGGACACUCUUUUGUUGUUGCAAUGAACUUGACAGGUGUUCAAUUGCUGAAAACAUUGCUUGGACGUUGGAACCAUACUCCUAGUUUUUGUCCUCUAGUGCUUUGGAGUUCGAUAGAUUUCUGCAACGGGUUCUAUAUUUGCUCGAACAAUUGUUAGUGGAUGUAUUGUAUGAAGUUUAGAUUCUCAGUAUGGAAUUUUGA